AUGUCACUGGCAUGCCAUACAAAUUCUGAAGAAUCCAAUGGUAAUAGAAAAUAUACGAACUGCUUUGAAAAUGACAAGAUUGAAGAAGAACAAAAGCUCCCGCAUGUGAUGUUAUCCCUUAUUAGCGCCUACUUCGUGUGGAUGUGUUGUCCUUCAUUCUCGGCUAGUCCCGCAUAUGUAUCAAAACAUGUGCAUAUCGGUAAAAAACCGUACAUAUGUGUUGUGUGCAAGAAAGCAUUUAGCACUUCUGGUGGUUUCAGUAUACACAAGCGCACACAUACCAAUGAAAAAGCGUUCAUAUGUGAUGUGUGUAAAAAAGGUUUUGGUAUGUAUUAUGCUUUUAAAGUACACAAGCUCGUACAUACCGGUGAAGAACACCGUAUAAAUGCGAUGUAUGAGAGAGGAUUGGACUUCUAG